AACGGAGAUUACGAGUCUGCACUGCAAUCGUUCAAGAAAGCUCUUGAUAUCAGACAAAAUCUUCAUGGGAAAAUCCACCUAGACGUUUCCAAAACUUGUUUCAAGAUUGGAAAGACAAAGCAUUUCUUGAACGAGUACGAUUCAGCUGUGCAUUGGUACCAGCAAGCCCUGGAUAUCAGCGUGGCGCUCUAUGGAAAGGAACACCCAGCGUCCGCUGACAGCUACUACUACAUUGCAGAAUGCCAGUACGAAAUGCAAGAUUAUGAUUCUGCUCUGGAAUCAUGUAAGCAGGCACUUGAUAUCAGGUUAAAGCUUUUUGGACAGGUCAGUGAAGGUAUAAGCAGCAGUUAUGGUCAAAUGGAAAGGAUACGAAGUCAAUUGAAAGUUUGCGGAUCAUCUCUCGAG